AUGAACGAACAACGCUCAACAAAUUUCAUUCAUUUCCAGGUAGUGCGGGCGGACCUCAAGGAGCUGUGGGAUCUCGACCUCCAAGGGGCACCGUACGGCUACACCCCGUUCUGCUCCAGUCGAGAGGAGACCCUGGGGUACCAGUUUUGGCGAGGCGGUUUCUGGCAGGCCCACCUCGCUGGACGUCCUUACCACAUCUCCGCGCUGUAUGUGGUGGACCUUAAGGCGUUCCGAAGAAUGGCCGUCGGCGACUCGGUACGUUUCGUGUCGGAAACUGUAUUGGGGGGGGGG